UGCUACUGCUGCUAGUAACUGCUACGUCACUUACAGGUUACAAGUUAGUCGUUUCUCGACCUCGAAUUAUUUCAUUUCCAUUGAAAGCAAUUCAAAGUACAUACUACUUACUCUUACCAAACUUGCUCGAGAGUCGUCUGCGGCACAACAAAUAUGGCGUACCGUGGUGUAAAAGGUUCUGAUCCAUUUGUUUCAAAAACAUCGCGAAAUGAACGUUUUGCUCAAAUGUCGAAGCAAGAACAAAUUAUUCAGCAAAAGAAGCUUGAAAUUCAAGCAAAGAUGCAAGAGCAAAAAGCAAAAGAAGCUGUAGAAAAUAUGAAAAAGUCAAAUGCGUUAGUCCCGAAUUCGACAAUGAAUAAAGCUAAUUCUACCAAGAAAGAAGAAGAGAAGCCUACAGUGUCGCAAACGGUCAAUCUAUUUGCAAACGACGGCAGUUUUUUGGAUCAGUUUAAAAAGAUUGCGAGCAAUAAAGGAACGGUUAAAACAGAGUGUACGUUUUCUUUGAAACUAGAAGAAAAGAGGGAAGAAAAAUAUAAAGAGGGAUCGCACGAUAAAGAACGAAAGAGAAACAACGAUAAAAGCAGAGAUUGGGAGAACAAAAGAGAUCGUAGAAGAGGGGAUUCUCGAUGGGAAAAAAGCACGAAUAGAAGGCAUAGCUCGCCUUCGAGCCCAUCUCCUACCAGACGGCCAGCGUCUCAAAGUCCGGAAGCUCGACGUUCCUUUAAUCAAUUAUCUCCCAAUGGACAACGUGCGACGCAACAUAGCCAGCAACAGUAUUUCCCUAGAAAUGGAAAUUCACCUCUUGUUCCUUCCCUCAUGUCUCAACCUAUAAUGCAUCUGACGAGCGUACCUCCACCUAAUAUAAGAAACAUCAUAACCAAUGUUCCUCCUCCACAUUUAUCUAGAAUGCCUCCUCCAAAAAAUUUGACUAACCCUUAUCCUGGAAUAGACGAUCGGUCUGGCGAUCCAAGAAUGCAAAUAUCACCACCGCGUACAAUACAUCCACCGCCUCCUCCUCCUCCUCCACCUCCACCUCCUCAGCCUUCCAUACAAUCUAUACCUCCAAAUACCAACGUACCGCCACCGAAUAUGCAUAUUUCUCGGACAAUGCCGCCGAAUCUACAAAAUUUACCACCACCGCCUCCACCUCCUCCAGCACCUUGCACAUCUUCGUCGUUGUCGUCAUCGUCAUCGUCAUCGUCAUCGUCAUCGUCAUCGUCAUCGUCAUCGUCAUCGUCAUCCUCCUUGUCCUUGUCCUUGUCCUUGUCCUUAUCCUCGUGCUCAUCUUCAUCCGCCACAUCCUCGUCCUCUUCAACCUCCUGUUCGAGCUCGUGUUCAACAACGUCUGCGUUACAACCGCCAUCGUCAUCGGCGUCAUUUUCAUUGUCGUCGUUGCCAUCUUCAGCAUCCGCAUCGUCAACAACGACGUCGGGCAAUGCGCAACAAUGUGUAAUUUCGUCGGGGCGACAAUGCGGUGGACCUCCGGCCGCGACUUUACAACCUACAAAUUUACUGCCUCCGAAUAUUCCUCCUCCCAAUUUGUUACCAACGAUGACACAAAUGCCGCGAAACAUGAUGUCUAUUUCUGCUGCCUCGCAAACAAUUGUCGUCACCGUACCAGGGAAUGCUUCGAACGUACCGAACGUACCGAACGUUCCUCCACCGAAUGUGAUACCAUCUGUAUUGAUGUCUGCACCACCCCCGGUUCACAACGUUCCAUCGAGUAUAAAUUCGAUCCCGCCUCCGAACUUGAACAUUCCGCCACCGAAUGUGCCACCACCUCCCAUUAUUCAAAAUGCCGGUCCACCCCCUCCUUUGUUAUCAACCAGUUAUCCUCUUCCUAAUCAAGUCACUCAGGUACCUGUGGGACCACCUAACAUUCAAGUACCACCACCGGUGAGGCCAUUGACCGGUCAACAAACUACCGAACAGCUAGUGUGUCCCGUAGAGGCUGAGCAGCUGGCACGCAUCGUCGCUGACUGCGGGGAUGAAAUCGAACAGGAAGCGCGAGAGAAGAAUGCCCAAGAUCCUAAAUUAUGGUUUCUGCACCAAAAGCAAAGUGCAGCGUAUCUGCAGUACAGGGGGUUGGUGGCAAAGUUCCGUGCUGAAAAGUCCGUUAGGGAAUUUAAAGACAGCGGUGCGGAACCGUAUUGCCCGGAGGAAGCUUUCAGCGACAACGAUGAGAGCGAACAAAGUCAUCAUACAAACAGACACGUUUCUUCGCAAGAUAGGUCAAAGGAGGAAAACAAAGAAGAACGUAAACGGAAAAGACGUAGUCGUUGGGGUGAUCCGAAUAAUAAAGUGUCUAUAACGGAAAUGAACACUUUACCCGUACGUAAACAAAAUAGUGGGCUUUCGCAACCAGGUAUUGCAAUUCCUGGACAAAUUGGCCAACCAGCUGUUAUAAUUCCAUCGUCGAAGGUGCAACACGCGAAAACAAAGAAUCCCAUGUUGACGAAAAUUUCUAGGAACGAUCCUGCCUUGAUACAAUACGCCCGACAAACUUUCGGUACCUUAGAUCUUACCGAAGAACAAUGGAAAAAAGCAGAGGAUCAUUACAAGAUAAAUCUCCUUUAUCAAAAUUUAUUGAGGAAACGAGAAGAAUUGAAACGUUUAGAGGCACAAGGGAAACAUAAAUACGAAUACGAUAGCGACGAAGAAACCGAAGGCGGAACUUGGGAACACAAACUUAGGUCCGCCGAGAUGGAGGCCACUCAAAUGUGGGCGGAAGAAUUAACUGCUCAGGCGGAAGGGAAACAUCAUAUCGGUGACUUUUUACCACCGGACGAGCUUAAGAAAUUCAUGGAACAGUAUAAUGCGGUCAAGCAAGGAAAAGAGCCUGAUCUUAGCGAUUACAAGGAGUAUAAGCUCAAAGAAGACAACAUUGGGUUUCAGAUGUUACAGAAACUUGGUUGGAGCGAAGGACAAGGUUUGGGUAGCGAAGGCAACGGUCGUAUCGAGCCUAUUAACAAGGCGACUAACCGAUUCGAUAGCGCUGGUUUAGGUUCUGAAAGACCAGACGGUGUAUCCAGAGACGACGACGAAUUCGAUGCCUAUAGAAAAAGAAUGAUGCUCGCAUAUAGAUUUAGGCCUAAUCCUUUGAAUAAUCCUCGGAGACCAUAUUAUUGAGAAAAUGAGUAUCAGUCAAGUGUAUUUACGACAUUAUUAUGUAUCUAAAUUUAGUUGGAGAACGAAUCAUCGUUAUUUUGUAUAUUUGAAAUUUUUCGAGCGUACAAAAUUACACCUAAACCAUGUUAUCUGUCCAAAAGAGGGUAGUAUGAUUCAAUAAAUGAAAUUUAAAGCUUAUUUCUACGCGUGUACGUUAAUAUGUUCCUAUACAUACAUACAUACACACACAC